AUGGAUUUUUUAGUGCAGGAUAAAAUGCUUAGUCCUGAAGGCGAACUUAAAAUAAGUUUUGGCUAUAAAUGCAACAGUGAUAGAGGUAUUCCUUGUGAAGUUGCCAAUGGCUGCAAAAUCCUUCCUGGAGUACGCAGAACAAGUAGUUUCUCUUGCUUGUCGGGUGCAGCCUUAAGUGCGAAUGCUACAUUAGCCAAUACAAACAUCUGCAAUGGUAAAAUAGGUGAAGAAAUCCUUCCAAGUUGGGACUCUCCUAAUUCAUUUCGUAAGGUAACCUCUUCGCCAAGUCUUUCAAAGUUGGACAUACUAUCAUCUUCCCUCCCGAGUAGUUUGUCUUACCUUAGCUGCAGUCCUUCUACUACAAGUGACAUCCUUGAAUAUGACCCUUGCACAUUAAAAUCCAUGAGCGAUCCUUCCAGAACUGAAGGUUUUAUUAAUGUUAAGGAAAUUCAAGUAGCAGGGGGAGCUGCUGGUGAAGAUAGAGUUCAAGCAGUUUGUUCUGAAGAAAAUGGGUGGCUCUUCUGUGCAAUUUAUGAUGGCUUUAAUGGAAGAGAUGCAGCCGACUUUCUGGCUGGUACCCUGUAUGACACCAUCAUAUCAUACUUUAAUAAGUUAAUCGAGGAAUUGGAACCAGGUUCCAUCGGAGCUUAUAAUGAUGGGGGGUUGGGUGAAUCCCUGCAAUAUAAGUCGAAUGACAGACUUAUGUAUCACGAGGAUCAAUCUAUGGCAAGAUGUAAAGGAAUAAAUGAUACUAAUCAUGGGUGUUAUGCAAAGAGUUGUUUAUCUGCUAAGUCAGAAGUAUCACGUGAUCCAUUUUCACAAGGGGUACUUGAUAUCCUUGAACUAGCUAUUAGUCAGGCUGAGAAUGAUUUCCUUUACAUGGUUGAGCAAGAAAUGGAGGAACGUCCUGAUUUAGUUUCUAUUGGAUCUUGUGUUUUACUAGUGCUUCUUCAUGGUAAUGAUUUGUAUACGCUUAAUCUAGGUGACAGCAGAGCAGUGUUGGCGACUUGCAGUACAGGUUACCGAAUGGAUAAGAGCGAGAGACUCAAGGCUAUACAGCUUACAGAUAAUCACACUGUUGAUAAUGAAGUUGAAAGAGCUAGACUUCUGGCCGAUCAUCCCGAUGAUCCCAGGAUAGUUAUAGCAGGAAAAGUGAAAGGGAAACUCAAGGUUACUCGCGCUUUUGGAGUUGGCUACUUGAAAAAGGUUGGUAUUCUCUCUUAUCACCAAAUAAAAAAUCUGAAUGAUGCUUUGAUGGGAAUCCUUCGUGUUCGUGAUCUUAAAAGCCCACCAUACAUAUCCACUCAACCAUCACUGAAUGUCCAUAGAAUCUCAAAUUCCGAUCAAUUUGUUAUAGUAGGGAGUGAUGGUUUAUUUGACUUCUUCAGCAAUGAUGAGGCAGUAAAGCUUGUACAGUCGUAUAUCUUGAGCACACCUUUUGGUGAUCCAGCAAAGUUUCUUAUAGAGCAGCUUGUGGCUAGAGCAUCUGUUUCUGCCGGUUUAAGCACUGAAGAGUUGAUGAAUAUUCCAGCUGGGAGGAGAAGGAAGUACCAUGACGAUGUGACUGUAAUUGUGAUCAUGCUUGGGAUGAAUCAACGGACUUCAAAGGCAUCAACUUGCAUUUGA